UGCCGGCCGCAUCCCAUCCACAGAGCUCUGCGCGCAGCAGUUAAUUAAGCUCAUCGAUCAGCUCACAUUGGACGACCGACCGAGAGAGAGACCAGCGAGCUAAGGUGGUAGCGAGAGAGCGAUGGCGGGCUGCGGCAAAGCGCCGGGCAGCGCGCUCGGCGUCGUCGUCCUGGCUGUCGCCGCGCUCCUCCUCGCCGCGGCGGCGAGUGCGGUGGACGACGAGCACAUGUACCACUGGAAGUGCUUCAAGUCGUGCACGGGGAACUGCCACGACGACACCCCCGGCUCGAACGUCUCUGCCGUCUCCGGCGGCAAGUGCAAGGACAGGUGCCUGAACGAGUGCUUCGAGGACCUGCCGGCCGUCUGCUACCACCAGUGCGUCGUCACCAACUGCCUCUGCUUCCCACCCUUUAGCAAAGAGAAAAUGACGUGCCUGAAGAGCUGCUGCGACAAGUGCUUCCACCACGGCCCGCCAGCGCCUGGUCCUGGCCCCAAGCCCCCUGCCCCGAUGCCGCCUGCCCCGAGGCCGCCAUCGCCUGGUCCUGCCCCGAGGCCGCCGUCGCCUGGUCCUGGCCCGAAGCCGCCAUCGCCUGGUCCUCCGAAGCCGAGGCCGCCAUCGCCUGGUCCUCCGAAGCCGCCUGCGCCGAAGCCGAAGCCGAAGCCUUGCCCGCCUGCCCCGAAGCCGAAGCCGAAGCCGAAGCCAAAACCACCGACGCCCAAGGCGCCGCCACCGCCCAAGAAGCCGUGUCCCUGUCCCCCCGGCAGCGACGAGGUGAACAAGAACUGAGAAACGGUGGAUCCGCCUGUCAAUAAACUCAUAUAUAUUGUACGCAGUGGGAGUACGCCAGUUAGUUGCUGCGAGCAAAGAAGCAAUGCUAUCUCCGUUUUCUGUAUACUGUCAUAUACACCAUAUAUAUGAACCAAACUGCCUGCUAGUAGUUCUAUAAAUGAAUGCAUAUGUGCUGUACUGAAAUUUAUCUUCUAUAUCGUGCGCAGAGCCACAACGCGCAUAUGUAUAACAUACACAUGUAUUCAACUUUACCCUCUUGUUCUUUUUUUC